CACUCCUCGCUCCUCCUAGGGUUCUAAGCAAUCAGUAAUUUCCUUCUUUUCAAUUGAAUUAUGGUAACAUGGCAAAAUUGAUCCGACAGCAAGUAGAAAUAUAGUGCUGAUAUAGAAAAAUCAAUAUACCGAUCAAAAUGGCGUGUGUGUACAUUCCGGUGCAGAACUCGGAGGAGGAGGUUAGGGUGGCGCUGGACCAGCUUCCCCGCGACGCCGACAUCCUCGACAUUCUCAAGGCCGAGCAAGCCCCUCUUGACCUCUGGCUCAUCAUCGCCAGGGAGUACUUCAAACAAGGCAAGAUUGAGCAGUUUCGCCAGAUACUGGAAGAAGGAUCUAGUCCUGAAAUUGAUGAAUAUUAUGCAGAUGUGAGGUAUGAGAGGAUUGCGAUCCUCAAUGCUUUAGGUGCAUAUUAUAGUUAUCUUGGAAAAAUCGAGACGAAGCAGAGAGAAAAGGAAGACCAUUUUAUUAUGGCAACACAGUACUACAAUAAAGCGUCAAGAAUAGACAUGCACGAGCCUUCUACCUGGAUUGGAAAAGGCCAACUUUUACUGGCCAAGGGUGAUGUAGAACAAGCAUUCGCUGCCUUCAAGAUUGUAUUGGAUGGAGAUCGGGAUAAUGUUCCUGCGCUUCUGGGUCAGGCAUGUGUCCACUUCAGCCGAGGACGAUAUUCUGAUUCAUUGGAGUUAUAUAAGAGGGCCUUGCAAGUUUUUCCUCAGUGCCCUGCUGCUGUAAGGCUUGGAAUAGGUCUUUGUCGCUAUAAAUUAGGUCAAACGGAAAAGGCAAAGCAAGCAUUCGAACGCGUUUUGCAGUUAGAUCCAGAAAAUGCUGAAGCUCUUGUUGCUCUUGGUAUUUUGGAUUUGCAAACUAAGGAUGCUGCCAACAGUAGGUUGGGAAUGGUGAAAAUCCAAAGGGCAUUUGAAAUAUAUCCCUAUUCUGCGAUGUCACUGAAUUAUCUGGCAAAUCAUUUCUUCUUUACUGGUAAACAUUCCACAGUCGAGAAACUGACAGAAACGGCACUUGCUGUGACUAAUCAUGGUCCAACUAAGUCACAUUCUUAUUACAAUCUGGCGCGAUCAUACCACAGCAAGGGUGACUAUGAAAAAGCUGGAAUGUACUACAUGGCUUCUGUGAAGGAGAUUAAUAAGCCUCAUGAAUUUGUGUUACCUUAUUACGGUUUGGGACAAGUUCAGCUGAAGUUGGGUGAUCUUAAGAGUGCCCUGGCAAAUUUUGAAAAGGUCCUGGAAGUUUACCCUGAUAAUUGUGAGGCGCUAAAAGCUCUUGGGCACAUUUAUAUCCAGCUUGGUCAAACUGAGAAGGCUUAUGAAUUUAUCAAAAAGGCUUCUAAAAUUGAUCCUCGUGAUCCUGAGGCUUUUCUAGAUCUGGGGGAGUUAUUAAUUUCCACUGAUGCUGGUGCUGCUCUGGAUGCGUUUAAAACUGCAGACGAGAAGAAAGGGGGAGAAGUGCCUGUAGAGCUCAACAUUGGUGUUCUACAUUUUGAGAGGGGAGAAUUUAAGCUUGCUGAACAAGCGUUCAAGGAUGCUUUAGGCAAUGGCAUAUGGCUUAGUUUUCUUGAAGCUAAGCCACAGCUUGUUUCCACCACUGCAUCUGUACAUCUAUACAAAGACUUUAACUUGUUUGUUCGACUUGAAGGACAGGGUAUUCCUGUUGAAGUUCCUUAUAAUAAAGUUUCAACAAUAUUCAACCUGGCUAGAUUGUUGGAGCAGUUGCAUUCCAUUGAAACGGCCAGCAUUUUGUACCGACUAAUUCUAUACAAGUACCCAGAAUAUGUAGAUGCUUACCUGAGGCUUGCCGCUAUUGCAAAAGCUCGAAAUGAUGUUCAAACUAGUACUGAACUGAUUGCAGAUGCUCGCAAGGUGGAUGAGAAGUGUCAAGAUGCAUUAUUGAUGCUCGGUGACCUUGAGCUCAAGAAUGAUGACUGGGUUAAGGCAAAAGAAACUUUCCGUGCAGCUAAGGACAUGGCUAAUGGAAAUGAUUCUUAUGCUUCUCUUUGUCUGGGCAAUUGGAACUAUUUUGCAGCAAUUCGUUCAGAGAAAAGAGCACCUAAGUUGGAAGCUACCCACCUGGAGAAGGCUAAAGAACUUUACACAAAAGUUCUACUCCAGCAUACUGGUAAUCUAUUUGCAGCUAAUGGUGCUGGAGUUGUAUUGGCAGAAAAAGGUCAAUUUGAUAUUGCAAAGGAACUUUUCACCCAGGUGCAAGAAGCUGCAAGUGGAAGUGUUUUUGUCCAGAUGCCAGAUGUGUGGAUAAAUCUUGCUCACGUCCACUUUGCUCAAGGAGACUUUGCAUUGGCUGUGAAAAUGUAUGAGAAUUGCUUAAAGAAGUUUUACUAUAACACAGACAGUCAAGUUCUUCUUUAUUUAGCACGGACACAUUAUGAAGCUGAGCAGUGGCAAGACUGUAAAAAGACUUUAUUAAGAGCUAUUCAUUUGGCACCUUCAAAUUACACAUUAAGGUUUGACAUCGGUGUAGCACUGCAGAAGUUUUCUGCAUCAACAUUACAGAAGACAAAAAGGACUGUGGACGAGGUACGGUCAACUGUCACUGAGCUUAAGAAUGCAGUUCGCAUAUUCAGCCUGUUGUCUGCUGCUUCAAAUCUCCACAUUCAUGGAUUUGAUGAGAAAAAGAUUGAAACUCAUGUUGAGUAUUGCAAGCACUUACUUGAGGCUGCAAAAGUUCAUUGUGAGGCAGCUGAACGUGAAGACCAGCAAAAUAAGCAGCGAAUAGAACUUGCUAAGCAGGUUAAGGAGGCUGAGGAAAACCGGAAAAGAGCCGAAGAGCAGAGAAAAUCUCAAUUGGAGAAAAGAAAACAAGAGGAUGAACACAAACAAGUGAUGCAACAAGAGGAGCAUUUAUUGCGCAUAAAGGAGCAAUGGAAGAACACUGCUCCGGCCUCUAAGCGAAAGGACAGGCCUCAGACUGAAGAUGAGGAGGGUGGUGAGAGGAGGAGGAGAAAAGGAGGAAAAAGAAGAAAGAAGGAAAAGAAGUCACGGCAUGGAUCUGAAGAACCGUUAGCAGAUGCUGAUGAUCAGGAAGAAAUAGAUGAUGAAGAUUCCAAUGUAAACUUGAAAGAGCCUCAUUAUCAAGUUGAUCACGUUGACCAAGCAGAAAAUAAUCCUCAGGAUCUUCUUGCAGCAGCAGGUCUUGAUGAUUCUGAUGCAGAGGAUGAUGCCGUUGCCCCUACAUCUAAUACAAACCGACAGAGGCAAGCAUGGUCAGAGUCAGAGGAAGAUGAAUCAUUCCAGAUGCAGGCAGUGUCUGAUCAUGCUGUUGGGGUACCAGAUAGUGAUGCAGAAGCUGGAGGUCAUGAUGAAAGGCUGCAUGGUGACGUUUCUGUUGAUGAUGAAUAAUGAGAUCAACCCUUGCGUUAAAGUCUCUGUUUAUCAUGAAAUCUGAAGACAAGGUUGGCGCGUCCUUUCAUUUUCAGAACCAGGUAGAACUGAUCUUUCUUUCUAAUGCUUUGCGAGUCGGGUACCCUUGCAGAUAUAAGAUGGCCUCUCAAAGCUUGUAAUUUUGUUGUUCUGAAGGUCCCUAUUCUUUAACAUUGUUGAUGAGCCAUGAUGUCUAAAGUUACUUGAGACUUCUUCUUAUUUAGAAAACAUAGUAACAUAUUGUAAAUAUGUGGGUUCAUAGACUCUUUUUUUUUUUUUGUGCCCCUUUUUGGGUGUCUGUAUGUCCUAUUUUCUACAGAAACACGAGAAUGGUACAAGCCAAUGAGCAAGAAAAUAUGAUGGCAUGUAGUUCAGUAGUUAAAACUGUGAGAUUGGUCCAGGUAUCUUUCUAGUACCCCAUGUUGCCAUAGACUUUAGGCUUUUAGUCUUGCAAUGCCGUUGAUUAAGACAGGAACAGAUCUCCAAUGGUCAACCGACUGUGCUUGCCUAUUUACCAUAGCGAAAUAUGGUUUGUGGUGUAAAAUGUGUUUUGUGGUCUUCUUGGUAGUCUGUUGCUGUUUGAGUAUAUUAUAGGUAUGGAUAAAUGUCUGCAUAGAUUAUUCAGUGACACGCACAUCUACACGUAUGUUGUUGCUGUUUCAAAAUUGUUUUGUUCUUGAUGAUGUCAAUAAUAGUUGAAGAGUGUACACA